UGGUUGACGUUUUCACGAUCAGUGAUCCCUUUCUCAUGCACCCGUCACCUGUCUGUACCCAAUGAGGGGCUGGUGCAGGUGUCGGGGAAAUGAGACUGCCCGAUGGUUUAUGGCUGGCUUAUGUACAGCUAAACCAGGCCUCUAUGCUGCAGAUGUGCCCAACCCUGAGGAGACCUGGGAGUUGUCAGCAGACAACAGCUCCUCAGGCUGGUGCCCCAGACGAGGCCCUUCCCCAGGAGCAGGUGCUGGGACCCUGAGCAGAGUGGCGCAGCAGCUUCCUGAGGAGGGGCCUGGAAACCUGGAACUGCAGAGGACUUCCCCAGGGAGACCGGAGGAGAGGAGCUCCCGGACACCUGAGCCGGGCCAAGUGCAGAGGGGGCAGGGCAGGCCUCCAGAGCAGGAGGAGAGCUGGGAGCUCCCGGAGGUGUUUGAGGAUGUGGCCGUGUAUUUCUCACGGAAGGAGUGGGAGCUGCUGGAAGAUGAAGACAAGGUGCUUUACCGGGAUCAGAUGCUGAAGAAUUACCAAGCCCUCGUUUCCCUGGGUAAGGUUCUGGUUCUUGCUUCUUCUGUACGAGCUCUGAAGUUUAUUGCCUUCUCCCUGUGUUUCAGCAGUCUUGUCCUCAUGCAGUUUUUGGGCUGGGGUUUUAAUUUCCCUUCCUCCCCACUGCUCUGCCAGUGA